ACAUAUUCACUCCUCAAUUCUCCAAUAAUUUAAAAUCUACCCCGCACCAAAGCCAUAAUAAUUUCUUUCUUCAUUUUAAUCAAGACUUGAUCAUUCUAAUAUUUUCUUGCUUCACUCGUGGAUAUCACCUCACCUCACUUACCUACCUAUCAAUUCCAUUCUUUAAGAGGAUCAAGAAUCAAGAAUCAAGAAUCAAGAAUUCCCCGACUACGUUUCUCUCCCUCUAAAAAAAUCAACCAACAACCAACAAUCAAUCACCUCAACUCAACAUGCCUUGUCAUUGGCAACCUCGUGGAGAAAGACGAUGUAAUGGACCCAAAGAACCUGGAACCAUUUUCUGCGAUGAACAUUUAUGUCACAAUGAAAAAUGUCCCGAGCCAAUCCUCAGUUACGAUACAUGGUGGUGUGAAAAACACUCCCCCUGCCCCAUCAAAUCCUGCACCACCCCCCGCUACCACUCCACCGGCACCUGCCGCACGCACGCCUGCCAAUCCGCCAAAUGUCCCUUUGUACAAUACCUCCCGUCCUCCUACUGCAGCGGACACAAAUGCCACGUGGACAAUUGUCUACGCAUGCGCACGCCCACGAAUCGUUUUUGCGAUCGCCACGAGUGUGCCAAGGCAGACUGUUGGAAGUUGAAGGAGAUGGUGGGGGGGACCGUGUAUUGUGCUGCGCAUACGUGUCGGACGCCGGGGUGUUUGGAGGGGAAGGAGGGGGAGGAGGUGGAAAUUGGUGGGAGGGGGAGGGGGAUAAUUGGUGGGGGCAAGGGGUUGGAGGAAUGUAGGGGAUUUUUUGAUGAUGAUGAUGAUGAUGAUGAUGAUGAUGAUGAUGAUGAUGAUGAUGAUGAUGAUGAUGAUGAUGAUGAUGAUGAUGAUGAUGAUGAUGAUGAUGAUGAUGAUGAUGAUGAUGAUGAUGAUGAUGAUGUGAAUUGGGGAUUGGAUUGGAUUGGAUUGGAUAGAAUUGGGAUUUAUUACCUUUAUAAAGGCGAUAUACAUAUUUGA